AUGGACUCAACUCGCCUCAACUCGCUUCGGUGUCAGUCGUUUUUCGUUACAGUUCAGUACCGCUUCAAUGUGGGUGGGGCCUUCAUGGCAAGGCGGCCAGAAACACGUUACCCUAUCGAGCCUCCUCUGGAUGCGACCGUCGGCCACGCGGUUACGAAACGUGUGGACCUCUUUGUUGCACCAUGGACCAGUCAGUCAGCUUGCAGUCUGGUGGCGUUGCAUUUCCAGCCCGACUCAGCUCAGUUGGAACCCCAGCCAAGACCGGUCAUGCAGGCAACAGUCAGAGCAGAGAUCUUCAGACCUUCUUCUCUCCAGCUACCUCCUCCCGCUUUCAUGAGUGAGACACCUCUCAUUGGUCUCAUCGUUCACUACCGGGGGCCUAUAAUGGAGCUGCAUUUCACCCAGGACGUCCAGCCUCCGCUCUGCUCUCCAGCUGACUCCAGUGUCAUUCACAUGCAUGUUCUCCUGAUGAUAUUUACUCUGGCCGGGGCUGUUGCCUUUGGCAUGAUGUCCAGUGUAACUCUGAAAAUCAUACAAGCUUUCAAGAUGUUUCCAGCUGGUGGGUCAGGCCGAGGUUCUAGAGGAGCCUGUUAUUCAGAAAUACUGAAGAAGAAUAACACAACAACCUCAAGAGUGAACCAACCAGUGAACCAACCACCGGUGAAUUUGAUUGUUCAGCGCGGCAAAGAUAAGAAAAGAGAAUUCAAACCUGGUCCUUGGAACAAAGCGAAAUUCUCACCCAAAGAGAUGAUCGAAAGAUACAAGAAUGGAGAUGCACCUGCCAUUACUUUGCUUCACCAGCUCGCCCAGAUGUUGCAGUAUAAUCUAGAAAUUAAGGAAACAAUAGCCACAGGAGGUGUACGGGGACUUCAUUUUGCUUUUUGUGUGGUGAUUGAUGGGGUCGAGUAUAAGACUGGCUUGGGAAUAACGAAGAAGGAGGCCCGUAAGAAGGCGGCACAGCUUGCAGUGGAGGAGUUCCUUCCCACGUUGGACAGUUCUACGUCGGUCCUUCCUGAAGUGGCAGAUCCCCCAUCUCCCCUUCCAGAUGCAAGGGACUCCUUCGUCUCCAACGUCCAGCCUUGGAGAGCCAGUUUAGAAAGAAAGCGUCACGUAAACCUCCAGCUCCUUCAUGCGGUCAAGGAUCGGCUCACUCAGCUGCUGAGCAAAAACCCUGAGUUCUCCGACUGUGCCGGCACCACGGCCGCGUUCAUCGUCCAGACUUCUCUUCCUCAAGCCACUGGAUGUGAGGUGGUUGCUCUCGGCACGGGAAACUUCAAUGCAAAAGAAUGCGUUGAAUCCAAUGGGCGGAUUGUGCACGAUUCCCAUGCAGUUGUUGCUGCCAGGAGGUCUCUGAUGAGGUAUCUGUAUCGGCACCUGCUGAUGUUUUACAGCAAAAACACCAGUCUGGCUGAAAAGUCCAUCUUCCAGUACAACAGCGAUAGAAGUCUCCUCACGCUGAAGAGCGGCUUCAGCCUUCACCUCUACAUGAACCUCCUGCCAAAGGGGGCCAAUCAAGUCCCCUCCAAACUGCAUCUGAACCCUCAGUCGGUGUCGGCAUGGCAACACAACAAAGACAUCAGCCUGCACCUGUUGGUGGCGGGCAAGGUGUUCCCAUGUUUGUCAUCGUCCGUUGAUCAUUUUGCUUUCAAGAUGGCCAGUAUGUCGACCACAGACAAGCUCACUCAGUGGCAGGUGCUGGGAUACCAGGGAGCCUUGCUCAGCCACUUCAUUGAGCCCGUUUAUGUCCAGAGCAUCCUCAUAGGCGACUCCUGCUGCAGUGAAAUCCGUGGCGUGGAGUUCUCGGUGAGCGAGCGAGUGGAGGGAAUCACGCCUCAGCUCCCCAUGUUCUACUGCAUGAUGAGGCCUCACAUCGGCCUGGUGCCCUCGGUGGCCACGUACGGCUCCGGUAGUCCCCAGCACACCAGGGGGCUCAACUGGAGCGACGGAGACGGCUCCGUGGAAGUCGUGGACGGCCUUGAGGGCAAGACCGUAGAAGAAUCUCCAUUUAAGAGCGGGUCUGCUCUGGCGAGCCGUCUGUGCAAAGCAGCAAUGGUGCACCGCUUCAAGUUGGUGGCCAAAGAAGCCAAGAGGCCGGACCUGCUGGCCACAAGCUCCUACAGAGAAGCAAAGAGGAUGGCGAAGCCGUACCAGGAGGCCAAGAGCAUGCUCCGCGCGUACUUGUCUCAGCAAGGCUUCGGCUCCUGGCUGGAGAAAGUUUCCGUCAGUGACAAUUUCAGCAUGUGA